AAGGUUUCACGUGAUGCCCUUGUAGCACACGAAUCAUGGCGGCGACGAGAGAAAAUGAAGGCUUUGGUUUUAUUUCGAAAAUAUGGCCCUUUUUGAGAAAAGCAGAAUGUGAUUCAAAGAAGGAGGAGUUUUUCAAAGGUGCAGACACCGAUGAACUCCGUCAAAUCUUCCUCAAGUAUGCGAGUAGUAAGACACCGGAAGGAGAGGAGUAUAUGACCUACUCGGAUCUGAUCCACAGCUACCUGGGUCUACUCCACGGAGAUGACUCGGACGAGUACACACUUCAGUUGUUUGGCUCCAGCGUGGAUACGUCCAGGAACCAGAUGAUCUCGUUCGCGGAGUUCAAGGCCUUUGAGUCCCUGCUGACACUUCCAGACUCCAUGUAUGCUCUUGCCUUCCAAAUCUUUGACAGAAAUGGAAACGGAUACAUCUCAUGUGGGGAAUUUGAGGAGAUUAUUCAACACACUACUCUCAACAGAAAGAUUCCCUUUGAUUUUGACUGUGAUUUCAUCAAACUCCACUUCGGUAAAGACAAAGAAAGGAAAGUCACCUAUCCUGAAUUUACCCAAAUGAUCCAUGACUUCCAUGAUGAGCAUGCUCUCCAAGCGUUCCGCAGGCUGGACAGGAAGAGUACAGGCUACAUCAACGCGAAGGACUUUGAGGAGAUUAUGGUGUCCCUAAAGAGUUAUCUCCUCACUAGCUUCGUCAAGGAUAACCUCGUCACAGUAACUGUUGGCGGGGAGAAGCACAGGCAGGUGAGUUACUCCUACUUCAUGGCCUUUAUAUCACUGCUGAACAACAUGGAGCUUGUGAAGAAGAUUUACAUGUCUGCCACACGUCGCGAUGCCACCAAAGAGGUCACGAAAGAGGAAAUGCUUUACCAGUCUCAGGAAUAUUCUCAAAUUACACCUCUGGAACUGGAUAUCUUGUUUCACCUGGCGGGACUGAAGCAUCAGGGCGGGAGAUUAACAUAUGAAGAUCUGGACAAAAUCUCACCAAUGAAAGGACGAGAAACUCCUUUUACGAUUCAAAUGUCUAUUGCACAGGAAAAAAUCAAUUUAGAGCAAGGGAAGGAACGGUCAGGCUGGCUGAGUGUAUUGGAGAGUGUGUACAGAUUUGGCCUGGGAUCUGUAGCUGGAGCCACUGGAGCCACAGCAGUCUACCCGAUAGAUUUGGUGAAGACGCGGAUACAGAACCAGCGUACUGGCUCAAUGGUCGGAGAGCUCAUGUACAAGAACAGCUUUGACUGUUUUAAGAAAGUCCUACGACAUGAGGGUGUCCUGGGACUGUACCGAGGUUUGGGACCCCAGCUGGUUGGUGUCUGUCCAGAGAAAGCUAUUAAACUAACGAUGAAUGACUUUAUGCGAGACAAUCUAAUGGAUAAAGAUGGCAGCCUUCCUCUCUGGGCUGAAUGUGUUGCAGGAGGAACGGCUGGUGCGUCACAAGUUAUGUUUACCAAUCCACUAGAAAUCGUAAAGAUCCGACUGCAGGUAGCGGGAGAAAUCGUUGGCAAGACCCGUGUCAGUGCCUUUAGUGUUAUUAAGGACCUUGGAUUCUUCGGGCUGUACAAGGGUUCCAGAGCCUGCUUUCUAAGAGAUAUACCGUUCUCAGCAAUCUAUUUUCCCGCCUAUGCACAUUUAAAGAAAGCGUUUGCUGAUGAGAAUGGUUACAACUCACCCGGUACUCUGCUGAUGGCAGCGACUUGUGCAGGUAUGCCUGCGGCUGCACUCCCAACACCUGCCGAUGUGAUAAAGACACGACUGCAGGUUCAGGCCCGUAAAGGUCAGACAGUCUACACUGGCCUCGUAGACUGUGCCAGGAAGAUCUAUGCUGAAGAGGGAUUCGCUGCCUUCUGGAAAGGAGCACCAGCUCGUGUAUUAAGAUCCUCCCCCCAGUUUGGUGUGACGCUGUUAACCUAUGAAUUGUUACAAAGGUUGUUUUACGUGGACUUCGGUGGCAGGCGACCGGAAGGAUCAGCAGGAAAGUCUCCGGUUCUGGAGGAGCAGUUAUCACGGAACCCAGACCAUGUCGGAGGCUACAGACUCGCCAAGGCUACAUUUGAUGGAAUGGAGUCCAAGUUUGGUCUAUGUUUACCAAAAUUCAAGUCUGCAGCAUCUUGAAACUUUUAGGAGGAUAUCGUAACAUAAAUAUUAAAAAAAAAAAAUACUGGAAGAAAAAAUGAAAAUUACAGAAGAAGAAAAAAGUCUGCAACAUGUUGAACUUGAAGACUUGGACUCAAUGUUUAUAGUUGUUUUUUACAAACCGUUAUUUAUUAUAUACAGUGUGACUAGAUAUGAAACUUCCACUUGGUCACCCCUAGAAAACCUUAAUAGGAUGACUCAAACAAUUGGAAGUUUUCACCCACUUUGACUAUGUAGGGAACUAAAGGACUACUGUUACCUUCAGUAGACCAUGGAACACUUGGAUGUGAUACGAUUUUACUGUUUUACUGGUCCAAGCUCUUGGAAGGGUGCAGCAAGUAGCGCAGGCUUGUUACUCGCUUUAAUCUUUCAAUCGUUUACCAUGUCUGUUCUUCAGCGAAUGUGUGAUUCAUGAUUUUAGCUACUUUGAUGACAAUACUGCUACUGUUACUGUAUUGCUCAAAAUAUUGUAUUUUAUGGUGGUGAGAGGUGUGCAGGGAGGUAAUUGUAACAGCUAUGAUGAUCUUGGAAGCAAGUGUUGAAAAGGUAAUUGUAGCAACACGGGUUCUGUCAAUGGGAGGACGUCUUUGAGGGGAGGGGGUAAUUGGAACAGCUUUGAUAAAAGCAUAUAAGGAAUUGUUUGGGAUUUAACAGUAAUAGCUCUAUAAAAAGAUAAGAGGAAGUGUUGGGGGGGGGCAAUUGUAAUAGAUCUGACAAACAGGGGGCAGGAAAUCUUGGGGAAGUAAUUGUAACAGAUCUGACUGUUGUUACAGAAGGUGUAAUUUUACGAUGACCAGAUGUUUUUGCAGUCUAAAAAUCAAUGCAGGUACCAUUGUCAAUGGAAAUUGUCUCAAGGUAUGUUUUGUUAAAGGGGCUGGUCGGGGGGAAAAAUAUAAAAUAAAUGGGUCUAAAUGCGUUCUCUGGCCUUCCAAAAGUUAUA